AUGGUCUUGGCUCAGGAUCUCCUCAACCCAAGCCCACAGGCUGAGGCGCGCAAGCACAAGCUGAAGACUCUCGUCCCAGGCCCACGCUCUUUCUUUAUGGACGUCAAGUGCCCCGGCUGCUUCACAAUCACCACCGUCUACUCGCACGCACAGACCGUCGUCGCCUGCGCCGGCUGCUCACAGGUGCUCUGCCAGCCAACCGGUGGCAAGGCCCGUCUUACCGAGGGCUGCUCUUUCCGGAGAAAGUAA